UUGAUUUUGACAUGAAAUGUGGGGAAUAGUGGAACUAGCUUGAAAGACUUUGCGGUCGACAUCGGCGAUCGGCCGAGUCGUCGGCUCAUUACAGUUUUGGCUAUGGCUUGUAUAGGGUCGACUCGGUUCUGUGCUCGUGCGGAGAAACUGUGCCAAUUCGGACAUUUUGCCCAGUUUCGAAGGAAAGUUUCUACUGCUUGUGUUAAGUUUCGACAGGUUGUCGAGCAACCUACCAGCCCUCUUCUUCAACACUGCCAGAAACAAUCAUGUUCGCGAAGUCACAGGUUUGGUGUCGCACGAGCAAUGAGUUCAAUGCAAACACAACAACCAGGAUCAUUGCCAGAUUACCAAGUCGAUCCUUACCAGCUACUCGAUGACGAUCUCAAAUUAAUUUACCAAGACAUACGACAGGAACUUGCAAGUAAUACGACAUUGGAAGAGCUGAGGACCAUAGCGUCGUACUACUUUAGCGGUCAGGGAAAAGCUUUGCGGCCGAUGGUUUCAAUCCUCAUGGCGCGGGCUAUCAAUUACCACAAGGAAAGAAAUGAUCUCUUGCCGUCACAACGACAGGUGGCAAUGAUAGCAGAAAUGAUCCACAGCGCAUCCCUCGUUCAUGACGAUGUGAUCGAUCAAUCAGACUUUCGCCGCGGGAAGCCAUCCAUUAACGCACUUUGGAGUCAAAAGAAGGUGGCAAUGGCUGGGGAUUUUAUCAUUGGUGUGACGGGAAUGAUGAUAGCGCGAUGUCGAAAUGACAGUGUCACCCUCACCCUCAGUCAGGUAUUGACCGACUUAGUGCAGGGUGAAUUUAUGCAACUAGGUUCAAAAGAAACGGAAAAUGAACGAUUUGCACACUACCUCACCAAGACGUAUCGAAAGACUGCAAGUUUAAUUGCAAAUUCUUUGAAAGCGGUCGCAAUGCUGGCGGAUUCAGACGAACAUGUGACCGAGGUAGCAUUUCAAUACGGAAGAAAUAUUGGACUGGCCUUCCAAUUAGUGGAUGAUCUUUUAGAUUUUGUUUCCUCGUCAGACACAAUGGGCAAACCAACAGCGGCAGACCUUAAACUUGGAUUGGCUACUGCUCCCGUGCUAUUCGCUUGUGAACGAUAUCCAGAAUUGAAUUCAAUGAUAAUGCGCCGAUUUCAAGAACCAGGAGACGUAGAGAAAGCAUUCGAAUUGGUUCAUAAAUCUCAGGGUUUGGAGCAGACGAGAUUUUUAGCAAAAAAACAUUGUGUUGAAGCUGCACGUUUUGCAAAUACAUUAGCCGAGAGUCCUUAUCAAAAAGGUCUACUGGUUGUCAGUGACUUAGUACUUAAUCGUAUGAAGUAGCACACUGCAAUAAGUCACUCGAGAUUUUAUUUUACGCAAAUUUCGUUGGAUAGAAUUUAGAUCGUUCUAAAUUUAUAUAUAAACAAAAAACGAUAGUGCACAAAAGUUGAGAAGAGAAGAAAACUCGAAAAAAUAUUCAGUGGAGAAGAAUUUUUUUUUCCUUUUUUUUCUUACACAACAUAACAUUAUUAUAAAAGACAAUUGAAAGUGUGCGAAGAAUACGAAACGCUUUUUAAAGAGCAUACACGAAAUAAAUGAAUGAAAGAUUUUAGAAAAAAUGAUGAAUGAAUGCGUUGUGAAUGUUAAGAAUGAUAAAAAUGAUAUAAAUGAUAAAAAAUGAUGAAAAUUAUAAAAAUGAUAGAAAUGAUGAAAAUGAUACGAAUGAUAGGAAUGAUAGUUAUUAUACUAUGGCUCGUAAUUUGGAAUCAGUUAGAGAUUAUGUACCUUUUUUUAUAUUAAUUAUUUCAAACCUUAUUUUAUAUUUACCCGUGAAUUUCAAACGAGAAAUUUCGUAAAUAAUUUCUGAACUAAGUCUCUUUUGAUUUUCACAAAAAUACCUGUCGAGAUUUAAAGAAUUCUUCUUUUCGACAAUUUGACUUUUUUUUCAUAAAAAUAAUUUGUUUUGAACAUAAAAGAAGAAUAGAAAACAAGAGAAGAAAAGAAAUAAACAAGAAAAGAAGAAUACUUUAAACAGCGUCAAUAGAAAAUGUCCCUUCAGUAAAAAAAAAUUAACUUAUAUAAUUUAAUUCUAAAAAAAAUUAUUCAAGAAUAAUGAAUAAAAAAAAAUAUUCAAUAAGAAACGGAAUAAAAGCUAAAAACUCGGUGAAAUUUUGAAAAUCGGGUUUUCUUGCCGCUCGAAACUGUCAUCGAACUGCAAUAGUACCAUCGUAACUGGAAUUUGUGUAAUUUUCCUGUAAUUUUACUACAAUUUUAAAUUUAGUAU